GACGUUGCAUAGUUACUAGGCACCACCGCAGCAGUCAGCUGUAACCCGCGUAACGAAGAUUGUGUUUGUUAAUGCGGGUUUCGUUUCAUUUAUCCGUCUUCUUAACGGAAUACAUGUCCUCUUUAAACAAGUACAUGCAACUGUAACGUGAAACAAGGCUUAUCGUGCGACCUUUCGCCAGGUCCAGUGUGUUGGGGGAAGACUGCCAUGUUCAAUCCCAGUGAUCUAGAAGGUGAAGUGGAUCAUUCGUUCUUUGACAGUGACUGUGAUGACAGCAGGGAUGGAGGAAAAAAGUUGGAGAAAGGCUUGAAGGUUGACAAACAGACCCCACCAGCACAUGAGGGGCUGCAUGAAAAACAGACUGAAAACACAAAAGGUGGUUGUUCCCUAAGGUGUGAUGGGACGGGAAAAUACCUGAAGCCAGUUGAGCACAUCAGUAGCAGCAGGGCAGAAAAGAAAGACAACAGCUGUCCAUCAAAGGAAGAUGAGAGGAGUAGGGUACCAUCCGUUGCCUGCACAUCAGAUAAAGUCAUCAAUAAUAGCAGUGAUAGUGAGGAAGACUCUAAGUUGUACUCUAAAAGGCCCAAUGGAAGAUUUAUGGCUUUGCUGGCUGAGGCCAGAGAGACAGAUCAUAAGGAUCUGCACAACCAGAGUCCAACCGAGUCUGAAGAAGAAUCAUUACAGUCCAGUGCUAAACACUCAAAAGGGAGAAAUAAACAAUCUCCAAAAAAACGGAUAAGAAAUCGGCACACCCGAAGUCCAUCCCCUACUUCGACUGAGGCCAGCGUUGAUGCAGACUCAGAGAGCUCCUGUAGCAGUAGCAAUAGGAGAGGCAGUUUAGACUCUCCCGUCCUUCCCAGGUCCAACAGGUCUUCUUUAUCCCCUGGAAUGAGAAGGACCCGAGUGGGCUCAGCACGAUCUCGGGAUGUGCCCGCCAGCCACGCAGAAGAGUCAGACGAUACAGUGACAGAUGUGAGUCCUCUCUCCUCUUCUGACUCCAGCCCUCUCCAGUCGAUGAGCCUGAACCGCACAGAGGCUGAGGAGGGAAGCCUCAAAGAGCAGCAGCAUCAGGAGGAGAGUGUGCCCUCCAGUGGCCUUAGCAACAUACAUCAAGAUGAAGACUCUGAUCCUGAUGUAGAUGAGUGUUCUCUCAGUUCAGAGAGUCAGCUUGGAGGUAAACUGGUGUUCUGUCCUGGAGGAAGAAACAGGAAGAACUACUCGUUCACUAAUGAUGAGGUCCGAUGCAUAGACCGCGAGAACCAGCGCCUUCUUCGGGAGCUUUCACGCCUUUCUCCAGCGCCCACACCAGGAAGUACAGUGGGGAAGAAAACCCACAUGGCCAGUAACUCGCCACUCGUUCGCCCCUCUCAUAGCGCACUCAACAGGCAGCGGGAACAGCAACGCAUCGAGAGGGAGAACCUGGCUUUCCUGAAGAGGCUGGAGUCCGUCAAGCCUACACCUGGCCUAAAGCGUUCGCAACAACUGGCAGACUACCAGCGACAAGUUGGAUACCUGGGAGCUCCUUCAUACCCCAUCUCUAUGUCCAGCACAAAGAAAGAGAGCUCUACUAGCAAGACUCCCUCAGCAGGUCCCAGGCCUGUCAGUUCUGCCCACAACAGCUCCAGAGCAGUUUCCACCACCACCAACUCUAGCAGGACAUCCAUACCAAGGUCAAACAAACUGAGUGCUGCCCGACCAGCCUGGUGCUGAGAACACUGCGGUUUUCAAAUACCUAAUCUACAAAGAAGCUCAUCGCUGGUUCCCUUUAGUGGUAUCUGUUGGUAUAUAUUCAUUACAAAAGGCUCAUUUUGGAAGGUACUAAGCUUAAAUGAUCUUCACUUUAUCAACUAUUCAGUGCUUUGUAUUGUCAUGUUUAUCAGUUGUAAAGAAAAUGGUCUUUUUCUCUACUCUUUGAUGCCGAAAUAUAGCAAAUGAUGCUUUUAGCUCAGUGCUAUUGUAAUGCAUUUGAAUGGUUCAGUUGUGGCUUCUGAAUACUGCAGUAACACUGUAUUUUUGUAGGAAAUAUGGCCUAUAAUUCCACAGCCAUGUUGACAUGACUGACAAUACAUUAUUAUUUCAGUGACUGUUUCCAUUAAAUCUGCAAUUUUCUGUCUGUCCGCUUUAAUUACAUGUGUACAGUUUAUUAUGCAAUAAUUAAAAUUAUUUAAAAUAUUA